AUGUUCAAAGACGCUUUGGCCAACCGUCUGCGCCGUGAUUCUUUGCAAUCUGGUUUGCUGCCUUCGGGCGAUUCUGCAAAUAAAUGUGGCAAAGAAAAACUCGGCAAUUUGCAGUUCUGCCUUGGCGAAGCAGCACGAGCAAGAACACGAGAGGCGCUCAGGGACGCUGUAACCUUGAGCGUCAUGCAGGAUGGCCGGCACGGUGAUCUUUUGAUGCGGUACUGUGCAGUGGACGCCGCCCUCUCUGUGCGAAGAGGAGUGCUUGGAUGUGCCAACAUUGAGUACUCAGAGACCAUCACCAACAUUGUCCAAGCGAUGCACGAAGCUGUUCGGCAGGCUUGUUGCGUUGGCUAUGGUGGCCCCAACCCCGAAGAUGACCGGGAUUUGCAGCGCUCGGUCUGUCAGAAGGUGACAAUGUUUGUCGCAGAUGCUGCGGCCAAUGAACAAGGAGCAGGAAGAGUCUGCAAAAUGAUUUUUCCCAACGUGAUUUCUUGCCAGAAAGACCGGGCUCACGCAUGCAUGCGGGUCCUAAAACGUCCUUGGGAUGCAAUUGGGUCAAUGUCUGGUGUCCUCGAAGCUUAUGUCUUUGGAUCGGACUCGAUCAUUCAGAAGAUUCACCAUUCGAAGGUCCUCCAGGAUGUCUUUAGUGGCUUCGCUCAGCAGCUGGAUGCUGGAUGGCAAAAACGAAUCCGACACUUAAAGGCAGCCAAGCACCGUUUCGCGAGUUGUACACAACCACUCCAAAGGAUGGUGGUUUACCUCGAUGCUAUCAUCUCCACUCUGGUUUGGGUGUCCACUCAGCGCGAUGGAGCUGACAAAGCUGCGGCGCUGGACUUUCUGGAAGCCAUGAACGAAAAGGACUUGGUGCUCAUGGCCAUGAUGAGCGACCUAGCUGAUGAAACAAGCCAGCUGUUGCGAAUGGUCGAUACGGAAUCUUAUGACUUGUCUGAAUUCCCCGCAGAAGUGGAGACACUGGUGUCAAAAAUGCACCAUUUGGUGAACAAGGGCAACAUAUUCCACCAAGGAUUCACAGCUCAUAUGAUUCAGGCAUUGGAGCGCCCACGAAAGAAUCGAGUAGAUUGCCCGAUGUUACUAAGCUGCGCUGAACAAUGCCAAGCGUUUGUUGUGCUGGCCACGAACACUUUGAAGGCGGAAUUUCCUGAUGCCGAUGUGUUAAAUUCCUUUCGCGUCUUUGAUGUUGUGAAGAAAAGAGGUGUACAACGAGACGAAGCCAUUCACUGCAGUUUCAAAGAGCGAUCCAUCAAACGUUUGGCCCAGGUGUUGCAGUUGGAUGCUACUUUACUUGCCAAUCAGUUCGAUGAAGUCGAGCCCGUGGCAAUGUAUGAAGCAUCCACAGGUCGACAAAGUUCCUUCGAAGCUUGGCGCACAGCUUUGCUCAGAAUCAAAGCACGUCGCCGCAAUGGCAACGACAAACAAACGCACAGCGCACUGUUCAGCGCUGUCACGGCCUAUGCUGCGUGGAACGGCAUGGCUUCUUCAGGCGUCGAACAAAAUUUUUCAACUCUUUCUGAGGGCAUUGCCAAGCAGCGGAGACAUAUGUCCAACGAAAUCAAGAACGAUGAGAUGCAACUCUUGCUGUUGCCAGACAACGUGCCUCAUGAUUCACUGUGUGAAGAAGCACAAAAGAUUUGGAAGAAGUACUUUGGCCAGAAUAUGGCGAAAGAACUGAUGUUUCAAAGAAACAAACAGUACGACUCAAAGGUGGAACGCUACCUGCAAAACGCGUUGCUGGAAGAUGAGGUCGACCCGGAGUUGGUGGAUGUGGCCCUAAAGUUACGUCUGGUGGUUGAUGUCCCCUACUUUGAAUCGGACGGCGAGAGAGGUUUGGCGAUUCAUUUCUCCCCAUUUGUAGACAUCAGCAGGAAAGCAUAUGUGAGUGAAGCUUUCAAACAAGCUCACCCAAGAGUUGCCGAAGUCUUGCGGCAUUGUUUGGCCCAUCCACGUUCCAAGAUGAAUGUCCUUGAUUCUUGGGAGGCAUUUGCUGACCAACACUGCCGGCUGGAUCACAAAACAAAAAUGCGUGCCAUAGCACUGGCCUCCGACGGUGAAGCCACCCGAGCCAAGGAGAAAAACAUUUUUCCCAAGAGAGAUUUCAUUGCAUUUGCCUGCCGCAUGGCCUUUGCCAAACGCGACCUUUGCCAAAUGUGA